AUUACCAGCCUCGUGUUCAUUUCUUCUAGCAAGAUCUUCUUGCUAUAACAUUGGUAUCGGAGCCUGUUUCCUGUUCGAUUCACGAUGGCUAGCCUACGUUUGAAUCAAGAUCGCAAUUGUGUAGCCAUGGAAGCUCAAUUGAAGAUCAUGGAAGACAGAUUUAUAGGAAUCGAAGAAAAGAUCAACGCUCAAGACAUGAAGUUGGAUCAGAUCAUGUUAAUCUUGAAGAAAUUGGGAACAAAAUCAGGCAAGGAGAAGGAAGUCUAUUUCUCGUCAGCAACACCAGAAUUUGGAUCAAGUAAACCUUUGAUGUGCAAGGAUAGUCGGGUUAUGGCUGGAGCUGGAGCCAGUGACUUUGUACUAUACAAGGAAUUGAGAGAAUUUGCAUGGCGGGCUCAAAGCGAUCACAGGGAAGCCUUGCUCAAGUUCGCCGAUUCCCUUCUAGUGGUUCCGGCCAUUUUGGCCGAAAACAAUGGAUUUGAUGUCAUGUCUACUAUAAAAAAGUGGCAUGAUGAUGACAAUAUGAUGAGAAUGGGGAUCAAUAUUUCUACUGGGGCUCGCAGUAGCAUUAGAAUAUGGGAUCUCUAUACUAGCAGGGAGUCGGCUGUGACAUCUGCCCUUGAUUUUGUGCUGUCCUGGUUGGAAAGCAUGGCUGCUAAGGAGCUGAAAAGCUACAUUUAUGGUGGACUAUAGUUAGGGGCUGUUUGGCAACUUCUGAAUCGAUAAGUGCUGAACCAGUAAGAGGUCUGAACCAUUAAGUGCUGAACCAGUAAGAGGUCUGAACCAUUAAGAGCUAGUAUAUUACUUAACUAUUCAGAGGCAAAUGUCUGAUCAAUUCAGAUAAGAGGUCUUAACCAUUCAGACUCUGUAUAAUACUUAACCAUUCAGAGACAAAUCUCUUAACCAUUCAGACAUCUGAACCAUUAAGAGGCUGAAACAAAUAGUCUGAACCAUU